ACACACACAAUGGAUCCGGUUAAAGCGUCCGUUGUGAGGUUAAACGAAGAGAAAGUUCUUUCGAGAUCAGAUAUAUUGUCCCUUCUUAAAACAUACAACUGUUACCACGAAGGCAAAAGCUUCCAGCUCCAUGUACGAGAGGAAGAGGGCGAGCUGAUCGUGGAAGGUUUACUCAGCAUCUCCUGGGGCCUGAGGAGACCAAUCAGGCUUCAGAUGCAGGAUGACAAUGAGCGGUUCCACUACGCCUGUGCGGGCGUGCACAGAGCAGAUGGCCCAGGGUUCAAUAGGAAUGAAGAAAGCCCUCAGAGUCUCCCAAAGCAGUCCUCUCUGGAGUCUAACAACAACAUCCCUAACAAAAUUACAGUCCCAUCUUUAACCACUUUGGACCUGAACGCUUUCGAGGAAGAGACCCCGCAGUUGCUCAGGACCAGGAGCGAUGCCAGUUUCAUGAACAUUCAGAGGAGAUCGAAACUCCGCAGCUCGGGCGAGCUGCAGCGGAUCAGAAGACACCGCUUCUCCAUUAACGGCCAUUUCUACAACCACAAGACCUCAGUGUUUACCCCAGCGUAUGGAUCUGUCACUAAUGUUCGCGUCAACAGCGCCAUGACAACUCUCCAGGUCCUCAGUCUGCUCCUCAACAAAUUCCGAGUGGAGAACAAGGCAGAUGAAUUUGCUCUCUACUUGGUCCAUGAAUCAGGAGAGAGGACAAAGCUGAAAGACACAGAAUAUCCUUUGGUAACUCGAGUGUUGCAUGGCCCUUGUGAAAAAAUUGCCAAACUAUUUAUCAUGGAAACAGAUUUAGGUGAAGAAGUGACAUACGAUGUUGCUCAAUACAUUAAGUUUGAGAUGCCAGUUUUGGAUAGCUUUGUGCAAAAACUGAAAGAAGAGGAGGAGAGAGAGAUCUUAAAACUGACAAAAAAAUACAGUGCACUGAAGUCUAUGAUAACACAGCAGCUGGAGAGCAUGGCUGUGAGAACAGAUCAGAUAUGAAAGGAAGUACCCCCAGCUCAAAGGAAGAGCUACGAUAUUAGCCCGCUGUGCCGUGUUUGUAAAUAAUGAAUGUUUAAGUGUUUUAUAGAGCUAUCGAAAAAGAAGUAUGUUGACAUAAUGGCAAUAAUAUGUGCGUUAAAUCUAGUAAAUCUAUCACUACGUAAAUAUGAUUUCACCCGUAGUUCUCAGGAAUGAAACACUGAGUGAGCACUUAUCAUUUUAACUGUGACUUUUACACGUAUAG